AUGUCAGCUUCAGCAACCAGCUCGCUAUCUUCUUCUGUGCCAGUUGUCAAGCCGAACACUGCACAGCUACGACCUCGAGUGCCAAUCGAGGCUACAUUCACCAGCAUGACUCUCGAAAGCGGAAAGACAAAAGACGAUGUGGUACCCACCACCAUAUCAAGUACAGGAGACGUGAGGCCAGCUCGACCUGGAAUGACACCAAUGGAGCUGGUGGAUAGCGAUAGCGAGGCAGCCAUCAAUCCAGAUAACGAAGUGAUGGCAGUGGAAGGCGGUUGGCAAGGAUGGCGAGUAGUCAUCUGUGCAUCUGUCUACUUCUUCUUCACUUUGGGAUUGGUCUAUUCGCUUGGUAUCAUCCAAGAAGCAAUCGUGUCAGCAGGUGCAUCUGACGCAGCAACACUAGGCUGGAUCUCGUCCCUCGCCAUCAUACCAAUGCCGGUCUUUUCGAUUCCUUUCACCAAAGCCGUGGCUCGAUUCGGCAACCGCGCUGUUGCUUCGGCCGGUGCGAUCUGCGUCUCUGUUGGUUAUGCUUGUCUCUCUACUUGCUGGUCACCGACCGACCAGCCUAAACUGCCACUUGGCGAUGGUGUGCAUCAGGGUCUCAAACUGCAUAUGGAGAGGAUGGUCGUAUUUGGGCUGAUGCUCGGUAUAGGAUACGGCAUGGUCUUCUUUUCGACAAGCCAAAUUGCUGUCGGAUACUUCAAGAGCAAAAGAGGGCUCGUGAUUGGUAUCGUGUAUAGCGCAAGUGGUUUUGGAGGUGCAAGCUGUGCAAUGCUGUUGCGCGUGAUCGCGGACAAGGUCAGCCUUGCAUGGUCGGUGAGGAUCCUGGGAAUCAGCGCAGGAGCCGCAAUGCUGCCACUGGCAUACUGGCUUGUGCCGCAUCAGGAUGAACGAAGGGAGCGUUGUGUUGAAGCUUUUCGUCUUUCGCUCUUCCUCGAUGCUCGUUUCAACCUCUUGCUGUUUGCUACUGCACUUGGGACCUUCCCUCUCUUUGUUCCACCAUUCUUGCUACCGACGUAUGCAAAGUCGGCCGGCUUCAGCCCAAACACAGGUGCAUGGCUGGUGGCAGGUUAUAGCUUGGCAUCAGCAGUAGGACGAGUGGGGUUUGGGAUGGUAGCAGAUACUAGAGUCGGGCCAGUGACAAGUCUCAUGCUUGCUCUGGUGCUUGCAAGUAUCAGUAUCCUGGCGGUUUGGACUGUGUCAAACAGCUUGGCGACGUUGGCACUGGCAAUGGUGCUGAACGGCGGAAGCUCAGGCGCGUUGUUGUCGCUACAGCCUCCUGUCAAUGCUGCUAUCUUUGGCGUCCAUCAGACCGCUCUCACUAUGUCGAUGAUGAUGUGCUCGCGAGCAUUUGGAUCUCUCUUAGGUGGCCCUUUGGCAGGCUACCUGUUAGAUGCCUUCGGUGGACCCAGAGCAGGCACAGGCGCGUAUCGCCCAGCUCUCCUCGUCAUGGGCAGCAUUUGCUUCAUCUCUGCCAUUAGUGUUGUCUUUCUUCGAUGCAAAGUAGCUGCCCGUCGUAAUGUCACUUGGCGCGCUCGGAUCUGA